GAUGAAGAUUCCGAGAAUGAUGGCUUUCAAGUGGUGAACGUCAGCUUAAAAGAGAUAGAAGCAGGCAGGCCCAGCAUCCAUACUACAGCUGCUUAUGGUGUAGGAGUAUGCAAUGGCGACAGCGGAGGUCCACUAUUUGAAAGCGAAGGCCGAAAGAACACUAUUGUUGGAGUAAUGUCAAGCGGUAACACAUGUGACAUU